AUGUUUAAGAAAAUAGGCAAGGCCUAUGAGGAAUUGUCUGACCAGCAAAAGAGGCAGGCCUACGACCGGGAGCGGAUCGAGAGGGGGCAGGCGAAGACGCCUCAGAAAGCACCGCCGACAGGGUCGGCACCUCAGCGAGCAUCGUCGAAAAGCCAGCCGCGGGGGCAGACCGCGCACAACUCGCCGAGCGGGCGGACGUCGUCUCGGGGAGCAGGGUCGACACGGCCGCAGCCAAAGGCAGGGCAAAGGCAGACACCGCCGAGCGGGCGGGCGUCUCAUGGAGCUGGAGCACCGCGAGGGCCAGCACCUCAGCGAGCAUCGCCGAAAAGCCAUCCGCCGGGACAGACAAGGGAGCAGGGGCCGACACGGUCGCCGCCUCAGCGUGGACCGCAGCCAAAGGCAACAAGCGCAGGGCAGACACAGCCUCCACGUUCACAGGGUAGCCAGGAGAGGCCGACCCCGCAGACACCGCCGAGCGGGUGGGCGUCUCAUGGAGCUGGAGCACCGCCAGGGCCGGCACCUCAGCCGGAGGGACGGCCGGGCAGCAGUGCUUAUCGGGGUGGUAGUAUAGACUUAGAUGAUAGAAGUCGGCCGGACGGCAGAAACGGUGGACGGAGUGCUAGUAAUUAGCCAUCCUUUUUAGCUUCUUGUUGGAUAUUGAUCUUCGACCCACUACAACAGGUAGCACACGCAUGACACCGCCGCCAGAGGGGCCUUCACCUGAACGACCGCAGUGGGCACAACGGGCACAGGAUCGGCCACCACAACAGGAGCCGCCAUCUGGUAACUAAUGGACGUACUUUGUAGCUCUAUUGCUCAGCUGUAGUGCGACUUAGUAGAAGCCGCUCCGGCCUUUUCUUCAAACUUGAGUUUCUUCGCAGCUUCCCAGCUGAUGGAGCUUCCUGAGGUCAUUGCCUUUACUUAGCAUUCUUUGAAUUGCCUAGAAGUAUAAACCUCUGCUCUUUCGACUCCACUCAGCUGCGCAGUGCCCAGUCAUAGAGAAGUACAAGCUUGUCAAGAAAGAGCCCGGAGGCACAGCAGCUCCGAGCGGGUCUGAGCCGGUGCAGGUUGUGCUCAAUUGUGGUUUUUUUAUUGACCACGUCCUCUCCGCCUCCGACGCGGAUGCCUCGGAAGAAGGCUAUGCCGAUCCCGUUCCCGAUGGAGAG